AAAGCUUGCUCACGUGCAUCAUGACUGGAAUUUUUACCCCGUUCUCCAGGAAAUGAAAAUGUUUCUGAUUCCUACUGUUGCCUGUUUUAUUGCUGCCAUUAUUGUUACGCCUUCCAUUUUGUUUGCCAUUUUUUCCAAUUUCAGCAUCCGUCAAGAGACAAGAUUUCUCCUUCUGGGAAAUGCGUUGAUUUCUGACCUAAUAUAUCUCUUUCUCUAUACCACCACUUGUGUUUGUACAGUGAUCAAUCUGAAGAUUCCUAAUAUUGCCUGUGCCUUUCUUCUCUUUUCCCUGGCUGUUACUUAUUGUGGAGGGGUCCUCACUGCUGCUGGAAUGGUUAUAGACACGUAUCUGGCAAUUCUGUGGCCUUUGCACUAUUUCUCACUGUUGCCUCCUUCCAGAGCUAAAAGACUCCUAAUUUUAUUGUGGGUCUCUUCUUCCAUAUUACCAGCUAUAUUGUUUCUAGUGUUGUACUUUACUCAAAAAACGGGACCGUGCCACCCCGAUGUUUGUUCCCUGCCUGUAAUUCUGCUGAUGACGUUGCACGCUGAUGAAACCGUUAGACUCUUUCAUAUUCUUUUCAUCACCGCUUUUCUGUUGUCCUUCUCGCUGAUUCUUUGCUGCUAUUUAGUUCUUUGUUUCAAGACGAGAGGUACUGGAAUAUGGAAAGGUGUCUCUUCCAGGGCAAGUGUCACAUUUUCAAUGCAUCAUGCCAUCCUUGGGUUCCAUUUUCUUCCAAUGUUGAUUCUACUGGCGGAAUCUUUGCUGUAUAUCAAUGAAAUGAUGGAUCUCAGAACAGGAAUGAUGUUAACGUCUAUUAUUUGCAACGUUUUAAUAGUUUUACCGAAAGGAGUUUCCCCGUACCUAUAUGGCUUUCGAUAUAGAAAGAUUUACAAGUCUCUGAAGUUAUUUUGUAAGUUCAAACGCCCUCAUCUAGUGUCACCUGCUCAAAGGUAUAGUUAGAUUAUAUAAAAGCUUGGAUGCCAUUUAUCAAAGACUUUUCACUGAAAAGUUGAGGGGAAAUUGAAGAAAAUCAUAUUGAUCAAGCAAGGA